AUGGUUAAUCUCGCAAUCGUCGGUCCUGGUCUUGCAAUUACUUGCACUGGUUUGAGCUUUGCUGGAGUUAUAUUCCUUCUUGUUCUCGGUGCAUUAUUCAAAGCAGAGGUCGAAGGCUUGACCGAGUCGACAACGGAUCCCGAUGACCCUCAGGCUGUUGCUUGGGCAUGUUUUAUGGCUGCCGGAAUAUAUGCGGGACUUCUCCUGUGCUGUGGAUGUCAA